AAACCUGAUCUAACAAAGGGCGAAGAAAAGAAAGGAGAAGCUCAAAAUGAAGAACAGAAACCAACUGAAGUGCCAAACGAGGAAGAGAAAAAGGAAGAGCAGAAACGAGUCGAACAGUCAAAGGAGGAGGAAAAGAAGGGUGAAACUCCGAGGGAAGAACAAAAACUAGCUGAUGCGCCAAACGAUCAAGAAAAGAAGGAAGAAAAACCAACUGAUGCGCCAAAAGACGAAGAAAGGAAGGACGAGCAUAAUUCAAGUGAACCACCAAUUGAAGGAAAGAAGGAAGAAAGCUCGAAAGAUGAACACAAUCCAACUGAAUCAUCAAAGGUCGAAGAAAAGAAAGAUGAAGGUGCGAAAGAUGAAAAUAAACCAACUGAACCCUCAAAAGGGGAAGAAAAGAGAGAAGAACAUAAUGCAGAUGAACAACCCAAAAAAGCAACAGAGUCAGGAGAAAAGCAAGCCGCAAAACCAGAAGAUGUAAAAUCCUCUGAAGCACCUAAAGAAGCUGAGCAGAAAAAGGAUGAGAAGUCUGAGGAGGCACCGAAGAAAGGCGAAAAAGCCCCAGAAGAACCAAAGGUAAGCGAACAGUCACCAGAAGCACCAAAAGAAGAAGGAAAACCUGAAAAGGAACCUAAGGCAGAUGCGAAGCCAGAGGAGAAAGAAGCAGAAAAAGCUGGUGAAGGCAAAGCGCUUGACGAGUUGAAAGCGAAAAAUGCUGAAGAGGGAAGUUCGAAGAAUCCGGAAGUAAAGCAAUAA